UAUGAAAUUAUAUGAGGUUUAUGAAACUCAGAAUUCUUUAUAUAUGGGAUUAGAAUUAUUAUAAGGGGGAUAAUUAUAUGAAAUAAUGAAGAAGAAAGUAAUUUUAACAAACAAAUAAAUUCAAGCAAUUAUGAAAGGACUAUUGGAAGGAUUGGCACAUAUGCAUUCUAAAAAUAUUAUGCAUAGAGAUUUAAAAUUAGAAAACAUAUUAUUCAAAGAAUAAAAGUAUAAUAUUAUUAUUGAUUAAACGAAAAUAGCGAUAUCAAUUCAGUUGUGAUAGCCGAUUUUGGUUUAGCUACAUUUGUAAAUCUACCAGUUUAUCUUUAUUGCAGAUGUGGAACUCCUGGAUUUGUGGCUCCAGAGGUUAUCAAUAUUACUGAUAUGACAACAACCUAUGAUAGUGUUUGUGAUAUUUAUUCUCUUGGAUUAGUCUUCCAUAUCUUGUUAACAGGUAAACCAGGAUUUCCUGGAAGAAGCUAUAAUACAAUAGUCUAAUAAAAUAAAGAAGCAAAAGUUAAUUUCAAAAGUCCAGUGUUUGAUGUUGUACCACCACCUGCUUUUGAUUUACUUAAACAUAUGUUGGAACCAUCACCUAAAAAAAGAAUUACAGCAAUGGAUGCUUUACAAUAUGAAUUCGUUGCAUUAUGCGAGAAACCUGUAAAUGUUUAAUAGGAAGAUGAUGGAAAUAUUGGGGAUACCGAUGAUAAACCAGGUCUAAAUGUUAGAAUCUAAUAAAUUAAUGAACAGUAUUAAAUUAAAAAUCUAUUCAUUUAGAGCAGCAAAAUUUGACAUGCUUAGAAUUAAUCAAUUAACCAAUUCACCUAUUAAAUCUCCUGUUAUGCAAGCUACUAAUAAAAUGAAAGAAGGUUAAAAUAAAGAUUAACAAAUGAUUAUGAGAACACCCGUUAUAACAGGAAGAACUGUUGCAUGUGAAGGUAAAUAUGAAUAACUAUUUUAGAAUCUCCAAAUAUGAAUUAAUUUGUCUCUCCAAGUGUUUAAUUCAAAAAGCUACAAUAAAAGUAAUAUUUUAUCAUAUCUUUUUAAGUUAAUAAUAAGCACCAACAGGAAAUGUUCUGUUGAAAUACACAUAAAAGCCUUAAUAAUAAUAAUAGAAUAAUAAUGAGGAUGAAAAAAAGGAUUAAACAAAUAUUGCAAAAUCAGUUAAGGCAGCUUUAAGUAAACAUGUAUGA